AGGCAUUGGGAUUUGAAUUUCCUGUAAUUGCAGAAAGCGACAUUACAUAUUUACAGCAAACGUCUGAUCUAAAACAUUGAACACUGAAGAGGGAAAUCAGCAGCAGGACACGGAAGCUAAACUCUGAUCCUGAUCGGAGAUGGCGACUAGGGAUUCUGUAUUCAAUCCUGAUCUAGUUCUCGCUCACAAGCUUCCCGAGACGCGUUACACCUACAACGAAAGAGAUGUAGCAAUCUAUGCUUUGGGAGUUGGCGCUUGUGGCCAAGAUGCUGUUGAUUCGGAUGAGCUCAAGUAUGUAUAUCACCAAAAUGGACAGGAAUUUGUCCAGGUUCUACCAACUUUUGCUUCACUAUUGUCACUUGGAUCUCUGACAAAAGGACUGGGUUUGCCAGGUUUUAAAUAUGAUCCUAGUCUACUGUUGCAUGGACAGCAGUACAUAGAAGUAUACAGGCCAUUACCUUCCAAGGCAUCUUUAGUUAACAAAGUUACCCUAGCUGGACUGCAGGAUAAAGGUAAAGCAGCUAUCCUUGAAAUAGAAACCAGAAGUUACGAGCAAGGUUCAGAGGAACUUUUAUGCAUGAAUAGGACGACUGUGUUCUUACGAGGAGCUGGUGGUUUCUCAAAUUCAUCUCAACCAUUUUCCUACAAAAAUUAUCCAAGUAACCAGGGCAUAGCUGUGAAAAUCCCCCAAACACAACCUUCGGCAGUGUGCGAAGAGCGCACCCAACCAUCACAGGCAUUGCUUUAUAGGCUCUCUGGUGACUAUAAUCCUCUGCAUUCAGAUCCAGAAGUUGCAAAGCUUGCCGGAUUCCCACGCCCGAUAUUGCAUGGACUUUGCACGCUUGGAUUUGCAAUUAAAGCAAUCAUCAAGUGUGUUUGCAAGGGUGACCCAACUGCUGUGAAAACAAUAUCUGGACGAUUCCUCAUGACUGUUUUUCCUGGCGAAACUCUGAUAACUGAAAUGUGGCUUCAAGGCUUGAGGGUUAUAUACCAGACGAAAGUGAAGGAAAGGAACAAAGUCGUGUUAUCUGGUUAUGUUAAUAUCCACGGUUUAUCUUCGUCACUUUAGAAGUUUUAUGUCCCCAAAGGUUGUCAUAGUAUCGGAAAGCGCGACAAACAAUAAAUUUCUGAAAGACUCUUGAUGUUUGUCGUAAACAGCCAAAAAUAAUACUUUUCACUCGAGGUUUGUGAUGAAGAUGUAAAUGUUUUUAAGAUGAAGAAAGCUUUGUGGU